UGCUUCUGUUCUUUUCUUCAACCCUAACCAGAUGGUUAACACAAGGAGGAGCAUUAACACUCAAGAGGAGAACAACAACAACAACCAGAAUCCACCCCCACCCCCUCCAUCAACCUUGGAGCAGCAGAUGGCUAUGCAAACUCAAAUCUUGCAAGCUUUAGCUCAAACAAUGGUGCAUAUGCAACAACAACAACCAAAUCAUGUUCCUCAAUCACAUCAACCAUCAAGGCUUGGAGAAUUCAAACGAACUCAACCCCCAGUCUUCAGUCAUGCAGUAGAACCAAUGGAUGCAGAUGAUUGGCUGAAGGAUAUAGAUAGGAAGCUACACGUUGCACAGUGUAAUGAUAGGGAGAUGGUUCUCUACGCCUCACAUCAACUCACUGGUCAAGCCCUAGAUUGGUGGGAAGCCUACUGCGCAGCACAUGAAAACCCUGCAGCUAUCACAUGGAUGGAGUUUAAAGCUAGUUUCCGCACCCAUCAUCUUUCCUCUGGGGAUGUACGUCUGAAGAAGAAGGAGUUCAUGAGUUUGAAGCAAGGACCCAUGACCGUAAGGGAGUAUCUGACCAAGUUUACGCAGUUAUCCAGAUACGCACCAAAUGAAGUGGACACGGAGGAGAAGAAACAGGAACGUUUCUUGGAAGGCCUGAAUGACGCCAUAGAAUAUGCUUUGCUACCCCAGGAGUUUCCCAAUUUCCAAGCUUUGGUAAACAAAGCCUUAAUGGUUGAGCACAAGCGCCGCCAGCUGGAAGAGAAGAAGAGGAAGAUGUCAUUCCAAGGACAAGGAAGCAACACACGAUCCCGUGGAGCUACACAGAUGUCUCCACAAGGCCCCAUGUUUCGUUCCAACGUUCAAUAUCGGGCUCAGACACAAAACUCCGUUCAGCGCUCCAACUACCAGACGCCCCGAUCAACCCCACCGGCCACGCCCCAAAACAAGAACAGCCCAGCAACUCCAGGCUCGAACAAAGGAUGUUUUUAUUGUGGAGAAGAAGGGCACUAUGUGAAUAAAUGCCCUAAGAAGACGCAAGAUCUAGCCCGAACCAACAACACACCAAGGACAACUCCAACCCCAGGCCAGUCACGCAAUGGAAGUCAGAACCCCAACCAGAACAAUCGUGGACAACAGAACUAUGUGCAUGGAAAGGUCAACCAUGUCACAGCAGAAGAGGCCAUUGAUGCUCAAGAUGUGGUGUACGGUAUGUUCCUCGUUAACUCCCGACCUGCAUCUGUUUUGUUUGAUUCUGGAGCUUCGCAUUCUUUUAUCACCAUUCAGUAUGUCGCAAAGCAUGGAUUGCCUAUGGUUAUGAUGAAGAAUAAUAUGUUUAUUAGCUCGCCUGGGGGGAAAAUGAAGGCAAAAUAUAUAUGUCUUAGGAUGAGGCUUAGCAUAAGGGGGGUAGAAUUCCCCGCGAACCUUAUAGUUCUGGAAACCAAUGGUAUAGACGUAAUUCUUGGAAUGGAUUGGUUGGCCAAGUUUAAUGGAGUUAUAGAAUGUGCCAGAAGAGCGGUUCACCUAACCAAUGGAGAGGGUACCAAGGUGGAGUUCGUAACCAUGGAACCAGCAACAGAGGAUCAGUCUCUCUAUUCACUUGAAGGAACAACACUUGAGCAGAUCAAGGUAGUUUGUGAGUUUCCCGAUGUCUUCCCCGAUGAAUUGCCAGGUAUGCCACCUGAUCGAGAAGUCGAGUUUGUCAUUGAGUUGGUACCUGGUACAGCCCCUAUAGCAAAAAGGCCAUAUAGGAUGGACAAGGGGCCCGAGGGGCUGUGCCGGCCCCAUCCUACUGUGGACGGCUUCGCAGAUUUGUCAGUCACCGAGGUAGAGGCGAAGGCUAUAAUGUUGGUCGGCAAGAUUACACCUGGCGAAGAGUCAACGCCGAGUGCGCCCCGCCACGGCGGGAAGGGUUUGAUGGGCCUCGGCGGCUGCUUGAUGCAAAGGCCAUUGCGGCCCACCGCUUUUGAGCCAAGUAUCGGGGAGCUGUAA